GCUGCCUGUAGGAUCCAUGAUUCCCCCGGUGGCCAGAUCCUCUGGGACUUCCUCCAGAUUUUAUUUGUUCGAAGAGAGGGAUGGAUCAUGAUGCCUUCGUAUUUGUGACAUGCCUCUCUCUCUCUCUCUCUCUCUCACUCUCUCUCCAUCAGCUCCCUCCCUCUCUCCCUCCCCCUCGGAGAUAGCCAUUUCAUCUCGACUCAUCAAUUCGGAUCGCAUCAUCUCCUCUCCUUUUCUUCCCUUCUCUCCAGUGUCUGUCUGCUCGCGUCCUUAACUAGGGAGGACUGUACAAAGCGAGCGAGGGAGUGAUUGAGAGGGAGACUGAUGAGUGGUACUAGCAUAGCAGUCCACUGGUGGAUGCGUAGCAGCAGCAGCAGCUGAGAAGAUAGCAGCAUAGUAGUGAUCGACUGAUUUGUCAAGCAGAGAUGAGAUCGUUGAGCGGUUAGCGCACUCAGGAGUGAAUGAAAUGAAUUGGAUUCGGCGAACAGUUGCUUCGGGUGCGGUGUUGUUGUUGUAGUGCUUUUAUUUUCGUGGGGCAUUUCCUGUUUUUACAGAAUCUGGUUUUUACUGCCUCCCUUGGCAAGGACGAGGACGAGGACGAGGACGAGGAGGAGAAGGAGGAGGACGAGGAGAAGGCGCAGGAGCAGGGAGUGGAGGUCGGUCGUCGUGCCCAUUCGCUCCUUGUGCGCAGAUCUUCAGACUUGUGUCUGUCUCGUCGUCCGUGUGUGACUGACUGGCUCGAGCACUCUUCGUCUUCCGGCAUUCGGCCUCCACGUUCGAGCUUCCGCCUCGGCCAGCGAGUCAGCGAGGAGCACGGAUGAGGCGGAGGAGCUCAAUGAAAUUGUGAUGACUCUACGCUGGUCACAUUGCUGCUGCCGUCGCUCUUCCCUGCGCCCCAGCUCCAGCUCCAGCUGCUGGCGGAAACUCUCGUUCAGGGAUGUCCGCCUCCUCCUCCAGCAGCAGCAGCAGCAGCGGGAGCACGAGCACGAGCAGCUCAUUCUAAUCGCAGGUCGUGGCACACACUGCUGGCGCUCGGUACUUACGUGAUUAGUGUUUUUUAAUCGUCUUGAACACCAAGACGAUUAAAAAACACUAAUCAUGGCGGGUUGCUGCUUCUGCGUCUUCUACCACUCGUCGUCCUCGUCCAGCUCCAGCUCCAGCUCCGGCUUCAGCCUCAGCAGGAGGCGUGGUUAUUGUUGGUGCUGCUGCGGCGGCUGCUGCUCGUGGUCACCUCUCGUGGCUCUCGUGCUCCUCAUCACUCUCCAAUCCCAUCCGUGCCUCGCGAAGCUGCUCUCCCCUGCUCAACAACACCACCAGCACCAACAUCAACAGCAGCAGCAGCAGCAACAUCGCUCGGAAUUCGCCUCGAAGUAUUACCUCACGGGCUCCGAUUCAUCGACGACAACAUCCGCAGCAGAGGAUCGGCAGCAGCAUCAUGGGGGAGGAGGAGAUCGAGGAGCAAUUGGCGAUUCGAGGAGGCAGCUGCUCUUCAGAGGAUUCGGGCAGCAGGCACCGAGGGCCGAGAGGCAGCUGGCGGACGGAAUCAAGGUGGACCUCAUGCACAGGGACCACGUGAACUCGCCGCUGCGAUCGAACUCAUCGUCGUCGCUCGAGCAGAGGAUUCGGCAGGACGCGCAGCGGAGCGCGCUGCGCUCGCGGGCGCUUUUCUACGGCAGCAGGAUGCAGGAUUCAGAAGGCAGGCCCACGGCGCAGGCGCAGGCGCGGGCGCAAGCGCAAGCGCAAGAGCAAGCGGAGGCGAUGACGGGGCCGGGGCGGGGGUCGAGCACGGUGCAGCUGGACAACUUCGAGUCGCCGCUGCUGGCCACGCUGUCCGAGUACGUGAUGAGCCUGACGAUGGGGACGCCGCCGCAGCGCUUCGUGGCGGUGGUGGACACCGGCAGCGAUCUGACGUGGCUGCAGUGCGCGCCGUGCUCGCAGUGCUUCCAGCAGCCGGACGCGCUCUUCGACCCGGCGCGAUCGGGCUCCUACCGCGCGCUCUCCUGCGCCGACGCGGUGUGCAGCGACCUGGACCUGAACCUCGAGGCCUGCAGCCCCAACUGCCAGUACUCGUACUCCUACGGCGACUCGUCCACGACGCGCGGCGACUUCUCCUCCGACACCGUGACGCUGGCCACCACCAGCGGGGGCACGCGCGAAGUCGCGAACUUCGCCUUCGGCUGCGGGCACAGCAACCAGGGCACCUUCAGCGCCACGGACGGGCUCGUCGGGCUCGGCCAGGGCGCCAUCUCCUUCGCGUCGCAGCUCGGCGCCCUCUACGGCGACAAGUUCUCGUACUGCCUCGUGAGCCGCGAGGAGGCGCUGUCGCAGACCAGCCCGCUGCUUUUUGGCGACGCCGCCGUGCCCAUGGUCGCGUCGGGCCUGCAGUACACGCCGAUGCUGUCCAACCGGCCCGGCAUCAGCUCGUUCUACUACGUGGGCCUCGACGGAUUGAGCGUCGGCGGCGCCAUGCUCAACAUUCCGGCGUCCGUGUUCCAGAAGGACGCGGCCGGCAGCGGCGGCGUGGUCUUCGAUUCCGGCACGACGUUCACGCAGCUCGUGCCGACGGCGUUCGACGCAGUGAUCCGCGCCUUUCAGCUGGCCCUGCCUUACAAGCAGGUGUCGGGAUCGCCGAACGUCGGGCUCGAUCUGUGCUUCGACAUCGGCGGCGUGCAGAACGUGGUGGUGCCCGAGCUGACCUUCCAUUUUACGGGCGCAAAUUUCGACCUGCCUGCGGAGAAUUUCUUCGUUCUCGUGGAUAACGCCGGAACCAUGUGCCUGGCCAUUGCCAGGAGCAAGUCCCCGCUCAACAUUUUCGGCAACACGCAGCAGCAGAAUUUCCAGAUUCUGUACGAUCGGUCGAAUGCCCGCAUCGGGUUCACGCCCUUGCUGUGCGACUCUCUGAGAUGAUUGAUCCUCGGACUCGAGUCAUUGUGGCUGGACCUGCCUUCAGCGUCCUGCCUUCGGUCGUAGAAUAUAUCUCAUGUGUUCCACCCAAGAGGAGUUCUCACACUCUGAUACAUGAAAUAUAUUCUAUUCCAAUUAGUCAGCCAGCCAGUCCAGAAAUCAUGAGCCAGUCCCCAUUCUUGAAGAGCCAUAUGGAUGUUUACCUCCCCGAUUGCCCAGAGGUAAAGGCCCAUAUUGUUCUUUUAGUCAGUAUGUAUGUAUGUAGUCAGUCAAUCAGUUAGACAGUAAGGCCCUUGGUUAGCAGCAGGAGGAGCCAGAGUGUUGUGACUUUUACUCGAUCGCUAUGCUCUGCCAAUAAACCGGGUUCUCCUUACGCGUCGUGGUCGUCUCGAAUUCUUGUUCUUCUCUUCGACUACAGAGCAGAUGAGAUGAGAUGAGAUGAGAUGAGAUGAGAUGAGAUCAGAGCGAGCCUGACUGGACGAGGAGGUGGAAGAAAGCAAGGACGAGAAGUGUUUUGUAGGAGGUGGUGGUGGUGGAGGAGGUGUCGUUGAUGUUGUACACACCAGUUGUAAAGUAGAGUAGCUGAACAAUUUAUAUUUGCCGUUAUUCACUUUCCCUCGAAGAGGGAGGGCGUUGGGCUUCGUUGGAGGCAAAGGAAGGAGGCAGUGAAAGAAAAGGAAGAGAAUGGUGUAGGAACUUGAAUCCAUCAGUCGCUCAUUCAAUACAAUCGGUGGGAUGUCAAUAAAUGCGGUGCGAUGAUAACUCG